GGGCGGAGAGCACGGCCUGUGUCCGGGGCUGAGACAGGGACGUGGGCUGGUGGCUGCUGUCCCAGCUGGGACAGAUCGCUCCUGGCUCCCAGGAAGCUGCGCCUCCCUGCACGGCAGGGAUCGGAGCCAGGGUCUUCCUGAGCCUCCACCGGACUCCGCCCACGCCCAGCGCUCCCCUCGGCAGUCGCAGGGCCCCCCUGAUAUCUGCCUGCCACCCUAAUCUCCGUCCACUCAGACUCCAGGCUGUGUGUGCCAGGCCCAGCUCUGUCACUCUGCCCUCAUUCCUUUCCUCCUUCCUCCUUGUCACGCACGGUGCUGGACACCAGGGGUUGGCCUCUGAGUGGUCAGGCGUAACCUCCAGCCAGUGUCUGGUGCCUCUGCCCUCCAGCCCCGCCCCUCUUGCCCUUUGCCUGCCUGCUCCCAUCCGGCCAUCUUUAGCUGGGGCAGCAGACUCCCCAUGGCUUCCUCACCCUGCAGACUCGCUCUGCUGUGCUUUCUGCUGCUGCUUCAGGGGUCCCUGGCUGCAGUCUUCGUAACCCAGGAGGAAGCGCACGGGGUUCUGCGUAGGCAGCGGCGUGCCAAUUCAUUCCUGGAGGAGCUGUGGCCAGGAUCCCUGGAGAGGGAGUGCAAGGAGGAGCACUGCUCGUUCGAGGAGGCCCGGGAGAUCUUCAGGAGCACCGAGAGGACGAAGCAGUUCUGGGUUAUUUACAAUGACGGUGACCAGUGUGCCUCAAAUCCUUGUCAGAAUGGGGGCUCCUGCCAGGAAGAUUUCCAGGGCUAUGUCUGCUUCUGUCUCCCAGACUUUGAGGGCCGGAACUGUCAGAUAAACAAGAGCGCCCUGCUGAUCUGUGACAACGAGAAUGGUGGCUGUGAGCAGUACUGUUGUGACCGUGUGGGGGACACCCGUGUCUGCCAUUGCCACGAGGGGUAUGCGCUGCAGCCGGACAAGGUGUCCUGCACGCCAACAGUUGAAUAUCCAUGUGGGAAAAUACCAGUUCUGGACAAAAGAAAGAACAGCAACAUCCAAGGCCGAAUUGUUGGGGGUCGGGUGUGCCCCAAAGGGGAAUGUCCAUGGCAGGCCACUCUGGUGCUCAACGGGGCGCUGCUGUGUGGGGGCUCCCUGCUGCGGGCCAGCUGGGUGGUGUCUGCAGCCCACUGCUUCGACAAGCUCCGGAGCUUUAGGAACCUGUCUGUGGUGCUGGGUGAGCACGACCUCGGCGAGGUUGAUGGGCACGAGCAGGUGCGAAGAGUGGCGCAGGUCAUCUUCCCCAGCAAGUACCGGCGGGGCCAGACUGACCACGACAUCGUGCUCUUGGGGCUGCAGCAGCCGGUGAACUUCACAGACCACGUGGUGCCCCUCUGCCUGCCCGAGAGGGCCUUCCUGCAAGGCACGCUGACCAGCAUCCGCUUCUCGCGUGUCAGCGGCUGGGGCCAGCUGCUAGACCGCGGCGCCACGGCGCUGGAGCUCAUGGCCAUCGAAGUGCCGCGCCUGAUGACCCAGGACUGCCUGGAACAGUCGCGGCGGAGGCCCAACUCGCCGGAGAUCACCGAAAACAUGUUCUGCGCCGGCUACUUGGACGGCAGCAAAGACGCCUGCAAAGGGGACAGCGGGGGCCCGCACGCCACGCAGUUCCGCGGCACCUGGUUCCUGACCGGCGUGGUGAGCUGGGGCGAAGGCUGCGCGACCUUCCCGACCAUCAGGCAGUCUCUGUACCGAGUCUCUGUGCCCAUGACUGCCCCCGACUCCCCCGGGGAGCCCUGCUGA